AGUUCAACUUCGGUUUUGUAUUUUGUAAUUUAUAUAAAAGAAGAUUUUGUAGUUUGUGCAUUGCAUGGUUUUUUGGAUUUUCAAAGAAAAUGGAGGAAAAUGUUGCUUUGGAUUCCAGUAAACAAAAACAGUUCGUUAAAUCCAUAAAAGGAAUCCAAAAACGAAUUAAGAAAAAUGAUACAGAUCAAAGUUCCAAAACAAAGGUACAGGAUGGCAAAAUUCGUAAGCCGAAACGGAAACUUCGAGGCCUUGUUUAUUUGGGACAUAUACCGCAUGGCUUUUACGAGCAUGAAAUGACACAAUAUUUUAAACAGUUUGGUGUAGUAACAAAUGCAAGGGUAAUACGAUCAAAACGAACAGGCCGCUCUAAGGGCUGUGCUUUUGUUGAGUUUAAAGAUCCAGCUGUAGCUGAAAUUGUAGCAGAGACUAUGAAUAAUUAUUUGAUGGGAAAAAGAUUGAUCAAAGCUGCAUGCAUCCCUCCUGAAAAGCAAAGACGAUUUGCUCAGAGAAAACACUGGAAUCCAGUACACAAUCCUUCUACAGAAAAGAGAAUGAAAAUGAAAAAGGCUUAUAAUGCUAAAAUGGAUGAAGAUGGUGAAUUGAAGAAGGCUAGAAAAAUGUUGUCAACUUUUCUCAAAGCAAAAAAAAAGUUGAGUGCUUUGGGCAUAAAUUAUGAUUUAUUUACACCUGUUGAUGUGCCUGAAGUCCUAUUAAAACUUUUGAAUAAUGCAAAUGUGACACCUGAGAAAUUAGAAGUUGAUGAUGACAAUGAGACAAAAAAUAAUGCAUUAUUAAAGAAAAAUAAAGUCAAUCAAGUGCACAAAAAUGUGACUAUUAAACAAGAAAAUGAAAAGGCUAAAAAGAAAAGUGAGAAAAGUAAAAAAAGUGAAAAAUCAGAGCACAUUACCUCUAACAAAAAACAGAAAAAGAAGAAUGAAACUGUCUUAAAAGAACAGAUAUUUAAAGAACAGAAACUACAAAAUGCAGGUGUAAAAUCAAUAGAUAACUUUAUAAAAAUAAAUAAAGAAGAUUCUGCAAGUGACAGUGAAUACGAAUUCGAUUCUGAUGAAUUUGAUAGGAUGUUAGAAAAUGAAGCUGAUAAUGAUUGUGAGUCAGUAGAAUCUGCCGAAGAGGAAUCUGAGGAUGAAGAAAAUGACAACAAAAUUUCAAAUCCAAAAUACAGUAUAAAUAAAGAUUUGGUCUCUGAAAACUUCCGAAAUAAAAAUGCAAAAAAGGCCAUGAAUCUAACAAGCAAUAAAAACAGUUCACAUAUUGUUAAAAGGAAAUCCAAAGGAUCCAAUGAAGAUUCUGUAACAGUAUCGAAGAAGUCCAAAUUUGAAAACAGGAAUAACCAGAAGUUGAAGAAAAAGCAGUUCAAAAAUAGGAAGUAAAUUGUUUACUUACUUAAAUCUGUUAUGAU